CUUUAAAAAAAGAAAAGGGCCCCUCUUUGCGCUUAACGAGGGGUAGAGAAAGAAAACGUAGCACCAGUUUUUGCAAUAGAGAGAGAAAUAUGGCUAAUCGAGAGAGAUCGAUACAACAAGCAUAGUAUCAAUUGUCAAAAUCUUUACACCUUCCAAAAUUAAAUUUCCCAAAUCAAUUUUUAUUCAACAAUAAGAAUAAUGUCAAAUUCUUCAAACCCCAAAUCUACUUGGUGUGCUGACCCUCCUACUGACCGCCCUGUUCGUGUUUAUGCCGACGGAAUUUACGAUCUCUUUCAUUUUGGCCAUGCUCGAUCCCUUGAGCAAGCCAAAAAAUCAUUUCCAAACACAUAUUUGCUGGUGGGAUGCUGCAGUGAUGCAAUAACCCAUAAAUACAAGGGGAAAACUGUUAUGAAUGAAGCUGAGCGCUACGAAUCUCUUCGUCAUUGCAAAUGGGUUGACGAAGUUAUUCCUGAUGCACCUUGGGUGGUAGAUCAAGAAUUUCUUGAUGCGCAUAAGAUUGAUUAUGUUGCCCAUGAUGCUCUUCCUUAUGCUGAUACCAGUGGAUCUUGCAACGAUGUCUAUGAAUUCGUCAAACUUGCUGGAAAGUUUAAGGAAACCCAACGGACAGAUGGAAUUUCUACUUCAGACAUCAUUAUGAGAAUUGUUAAAGACUAUAAUCAAUAUGUGAUGCGUAACUUGGAUCGUGGAUAUACGAGAAAGGAGCUAAAUCUUAGCUAUGUGAAGGAGAAACGUCUAAGAGUCAAUAUGAGGUUGAAGAAACUCCAUGAAAAAGUCAAGGAGCAGCAAGAAAAGAUCCAAACGGUGGCUAAAACCGCUGAAAUGACUCGAAAUGAAUGGGUGGAAAAUGCUGAUCGCUGGGUAGCUGGAUUCCUUGAGAUGUUUGAGGAAGGAUGUCAUAAAAUGGGAACAGCUAUUAGGGACCGAAUUCAAGAGAGUUUGAUGGGGCAGCAGUCUAGAGGUUUGCUGCCUAAUGGAAUGCUAGAUGAUGGAGAAAGUGAAGAAUACUUUGACGAUGAUCCUUACUAUGAUGAUGAAGAUGAGUACUAUUAUGAUGAAGAUGAGUACUAUGAUAAUGAAGAGGAUGAAGAAAAGGAGAAGCAAGACAAGGAUACGAACAAACAGGAAAAAAUUGAUGAGAAAACGAACAAACAGGAAAAUACUGAUGAGAAAAAGAACGAACCUGAGAAAGUAGAAGAAAAGAAUUAGACAGUUGGGAGUUUUGCUUGUCACUAUAGGUUGAUACGUACUAUCAGAGGUGAUUUUCAAGGGGUUUAUGUAAAGUGUGACAGACAUAGUAGCGUGCUUUCCAUUGUAUUUGUAGCUAUUACGGAGAUAGUACAGGUUUGCAGGAUCCAAGUUGUUGAUUAGUUAAAAGAUUUACUUGCUACAACACUUACACCCCCUUCGCUUUCUUAGUUUGAAGGACAAUGUAAAGAUUGAAGAAGAUGAACAACAAACCCGAGGUCGGGUUGUUGAAUCUUAUCAUGUUUUGAUCUUGUAGGGAUGUACUCCUGUACUGUUUAUGUGGACUUGAAAGCUUUUGGUAUAUAGCCUAAUUGUUUUAUAAUUUCA